AUGGCAAGCCACUCCGACACUGAAAAUCUUUCUUUCCAGUUGCCACCAAAAUACGCACCAGGAACAGACUUAAUGAAUAAAUGGAUAUUGAAUCAUGAACUGGUCAUCAAUCUUAUUAUAAAAAGUGUUAUUGGCGAACACGCUGAAAAUGAAUACAGCACAAAACCCAUAGAAUGGACGAACUACACCAGAUCCGAUGUAUUUUACUGUCCAAAUAACCGUGCAAAAACCAAGACAUUACCGCCUGUGCUUAUAGAAGUCCAAUACGCUGCUAAUGGUGCUUUUUUCCGUCGACUCAUCGAGUAUUGUCUGAUGAUAAGAAAACAACACCCAAUAUUGCCAGUGGUAGUAGUCUUUUGUAUUCACAAUACAAGUCAGGAAUUCAAGGACUUAACCUACGAUUGCAAGGAAUUGCCUUUCUCCAAGCGCGUUUAUUGUCAUGGUUGGGCACGUGAUUGUUAUUUCAUUAGUGAAUCAACCAUUUCUGCAUAUCUAGAUCAACAGCCACUUCAUCCCUUAGCAGCACUUGGCCAUUUUUUCACUGAACAGAAACUGUCCAUCUUGGGCACAGUGAAAAAGGAGGACCCAACAAUUAAAUUAUUAUACGAGAUCGCCAAACGUAUAUUUGAAAAUGAAGCAGCCAACGAAGAUGCACGUCAAGAUGCCCUUAAUCUUAUCUGCAAUAAGGCAUCGGCGCAAUUCAAACUGGCUGUCAUGAGCUGA